UUAUUCAUUCCAUCUUUUCCAUUCUUUCAGUUGUCACUCAGUCCAGUCUUUCUCUUUGUUUAGUUUUGAGAGAAGCUCUCUAAAAACAUGACGAACAAUUAGUAGAGGGUCUAGAUGUCAAGUAUGUUUUAUCCAGAGAGAAGUAAUUGUUUGGUGAAAAAUUAAGCAGUGAGGUUAUUUCUUUUUUCAUAGGUGAGUUUUGAUUUUAAAGUUCGAACUCAUACCGCAUUAUGGAUGUUAUAAUAACCUCCCAGUCUUUAUGAACCACUUUUUUUUUUUUUUUUUUUUUUUGUAGUCCUACUAUUUUGCUAUUGAAUGUGGAAGCCACCAAGCUUCAAUCCCUUGGCAUUGAUCGAGUACUCACUCUUUGCCCUAGAAGGGACUCUCCAUAGAAAAUCAUGGAGAAGCCAGAGGAGCACCUUCUUCUUCUCACCUCUAUUUGUGAAAAGCUCAAGGGCCACAAUCAAUUCAAGCCUUCCUCAAGUUCGCCAGCUCUUAGAGUCCUGCAGAACUUGUAUCAAACUAAGCUAUGAAUCCUCGAGAUAGCCAACUUGAAUCUUAAUAUCCUUUCAAGGUAUGCUACCAUAUUGUCAAUCUCGACAUUGCAUUCAAAAGAUACUAUUCCAAUCUAUGCACAAUAAGGAGUCAGUUAUCAAUAUAUUUCAGUAUGUUCACCGGCUCGAUCUUUUUGUGUAUGUAAAUGCAGUUGGAGCUACAAAGAGGAUCAUGUUGCAUGUGCAGUGGAGUGUUACAUGAAGCAGCAUGAUCAUGAUGCUUCCUACCGUUGAGUGCUAUAUGAAGCAGCAUGAUCAUGCCCGCCUCAGCAGUUCAGUGCUACAUGAAGCAACAUGAAAUGUUACUUUAUCGGUGGAAUGUUACAUGAAGCAACAAGUCUCAUGACAUUGCGACCGUGGAGUGUUACAUGAAGCAACAAGAUCGGUUGCAUUGAUAGAAUCAGAGGCGGACCUACGGUGCUCCAAGGAUUGUCAACUGACAGACCUUAGUUUUAUGUUUGGAAUAAGCAUCAGUGGAAAUUUAAAGGUUAUUAAUGAUAGCAAUAUUGGAAUCCAAUUCAGUUUGACAACCCUUAGAAUAUCUAAUUAAACGUUUCCUUUUACCUGUAAACCAAUGGUUGUUACAAAAUUAAAUAGUUUAUUACUAAUUCUAUUUAAGGAACUGAAUUUAUUUUCAAAAUAUAAUUUACUUUAUUAGUUCUCGUUUUCAUUUAUGGGGAACCCCUUUGACUACCCACUCCACCCAAAUUCUCAUCUGGGCGAGCAAUUUGUGAAUUAUUAUUUGAUUAAGAGGUAGAUUGGAUGAUGAAAUGGGAUGUGGUAAUUUGGUUCAAUUGUCGUAAAAUAAAGUAAAUAGGUUCAAUUGCUUUGUUUGGCAAUAUAAAAUGGGGAUGCAUUAAUUUGACCAAAGCAAUUGUUUUGUUUUGCAUCAAUUUGAAUUGACAGGGGAUGGACAAAUAUUUUGAAAUGAUGUGUCCAUUAUCACAUGAGAUAAUUUUAAAAAAUUUGGUGAAAUCGUCUCAUUUCAUAAAUUCAUUAUCUAAAUAUCCCCUAGUUUUGUUGAAAGUUGUGUGAAUCGUAACAUAAAUAAUAAUUUUAUUUUGAAAUUUUUUCCAAAGAUGGAAACACUAUGUGAUUUAUUGUGAAAAUAAUAUGUUGUGUACUUCAUGAAUAAAACCGUAUUGAAUUGUAUAUGCGUCUUUAUUAUUUUAUUUUUGAAUACCCUUAUAAAUUUUUCUGGGUCCGCCACUGGAUAGAAUGUUACAUGAUGAAGUGACAUGGCCUAUUGGCGCGCAACCGUCACUCGAUGCAUUGAACAGUAUUAUAGAGGAUGAUUGGAUGAAAUUUAUGAACUGAGAAAUUUAUGAACCUAUACCCAUGCUACAAUGUAUGAUAUUUUGGUUGGAUCACCAACAACACACUUUCAAGAUAUACAACAAAGCUUAUUUGUAUUCAUAUAUGAUGGAUAUACAUGUUCUUGACAUUUAAUUUACAUGGUCAAACAUUGAAGAACAAAAAGGCACGAUGAUAUAUAAGAAGAUGAUAUCAACUCAUGUGCAGUGGUUAUGCAAUUUCAUGGGUCGACUAUUAAUACAUCUUUUUUCAAGCACUUUUAAUUGACUCGCGAGAUUCCUUUUUCUUGUUAAUUAUUUUAUUCUUUACUCCAGUCGGUACCUAAAGAGCUACCAUAUGCCUGGCAAUUGAGCAUAUGGCGGUCACUACCCACGCAACCUUUUUUGAGAUGGAUCAUUUAUUCAAUCAAUUAAAGUACGAUCUCGAAUCAGAUCUCAAGACACAUUUCUCAACACGCGAGCCGGGGUUAAUUGAUAAACAAAUCAUUUUGAAUCAAAUCUCGUAUACAAAAGAUGGAAGAAAUCUUGGAGUGCAUGCGGAAUCAGUAAACAAAACCGGGAUUCACAAUUUUCCUUCGGUACUAGGAAUCUUUUUCUUUUUGUAAUUGUACCAGGAAUCUUUGGACAAUGAACAAGGGACCAAAAAUCCAGCUGCAUGCAACUAGGCACAUAUAAUUAUAAAUUAAUAACGUUCGUGCUAAAGGUUAAGUACUAUAAUCAGCUAGCUGUAUUCAUAUCUUUGAAAGAACAUGUGAUUCCUUUGAAAGAACAUGUGUUUUUUAUUACACUCUUCAAUGCCGUUCGACGCAUUUUCAACCAUUAGAUCAAUCCGUAGGUUGAUCCACUUAAUAACAAAGAUUUAGAAAGACACAAAUUAUAAUUAAUUAAAUACGACCCCACAGAACUACAAUCUGGCCCAUAAAAGGCAAAGCUUCAGUGCUUCACUCCCACUCCCCUCAUCUCCUUCUUCAUCCCAUCUUCUUCUUUCUUUCACUCUCUCCCUCGGUUCAGUUUUUUUCUUUCUCUCUACUUUGCUGUCAGCGAGGAGAUGGGUUUACAAACCAUAUUUUAAACUUUUCCCGACAACUUGAGUUAUUAAGAUCAGUAUCUCGAUAUGGUAUUAGGUAUUGUUAGUUCAUUGUGAAUGAAUAAUAUUCACAACACUGUCCAACCAGCAAGGUGAAUUCGAUAUGGUAUUAGGUAAUGUUAAUUCAUAUCUGAAGCCACGAGAAGGAGCGAAUGCAUCAAACGAGGAUAUUGAGUUCACAAAAUCACAUCCAACUGCCCUCCUCAAGUUAGCCAACUUGAAUCUUAAUGUCCUGCAGAACUUGUAUCAAACUAAGCUACAAAGUUCUCACCAAUCCGAACAGCAAAGAGGACAUGUUGCUUCAUCAGUCGAAUGCUACAUGAAGCAACAUGAACAAUUCGCUUCAUCGGUGGAAUGCUACAUGAAACUAGCAACAUGAUUGUACUACUGCCGCAGAGUGUCACAUGAAGCAACACAAUGACACUCAAGAAAAACCUCUAAUUCGUCAUGUACAUAGAUAUAGCGUGAAUGUGUCAAAAAUCAGUUCAUCUAAAUAAAUUGACUUGUUGGAAUAAGUUGCUAAUUUCCACAUCUUUCCUUUUACCAACUAAGAUAGAUGAACACCUCAAUCAGACCAAACAAAGACCUCAAAGCAAU